GGUUGGCGUCUCGCAUUCCGGGGCCCCGCCUGUCAGCCCCGCCGGACCCCACCCGCCAGCGACUACCUCGCGCGCAGCCACCGCGUCUCCCUUUCCCCGUACCAGACUAGACUAGAAAGCAACGCGACUAGAGAGAGAGAGGAGAGGGAGGCACGCCGCACGCACCUGGUCGGUCGCCACCACGCCGCCGCCCAUCGCCGCCGCCCGUCGGAGAAGGGCCCCGGAGACCCAUGGCGGGCCGCAACGGCUUCGAGGACGACGACGUCAAUCCCUUCGCCGGAGGGAGUGUCCCCCCUGCCUCCAAUUCUCGGCUUUCACCUCUCUCCCACGAGCCUGCGGGUUUUUAUAAUGUGGACAUUCCUAUGGAUUCAACUAAGGAUGUGAAGAAAAAGGAAAAAGAACUCCAAGCGAUGGAAGCCGAGCUAAACAAAAGAGAAAAGGAACUGAAAAGGAAGGAAGAGGCUGCGUCGCGAGCUGGCAUUGUCAUAGAAGACAAAAACUGGCCACCCUUUUUCCCUCUCAUUCAUCACAAUAUUUCAAAUGAGAUACCCAUCCAUCUACAAAAAAUGCAGUACCUUGCAUUUUCAUCAUUUUUGGGAAUUGCUCUCUGCCUCUUCUUUAAUAUCAUAGCGACUACAACUGCAUGGAUUAAGGGAGAAGGUGUCAUGGUUUGGCUGCUUGCCAUUAUCUACUUCAUUUCUGGUGUCCCUGGGGCUUAUGUGUUAUGGUAUCGCCCUCUUUAUAACGCGAUGAGAACUGAGAGUGCUUUGAAGUUUGGGUGGUUUUUCCUAUUUUACAUGAUUCACAUAAUCUUCUGCGUGUGGUCAGCUGUGUCUCCCCCAUUCCCUUUCAAAGGAAAUUCUUUGACUGGGAUUUUGCCUGCCAUUGAUGUCAUAACCAAGAGCCUUAUUGUUGGGAUAUUUUACUUUGUUGGAUUUGGAUUGUUCUGCCUUGAAUCACUGCUGAGCAUAGGUGUCAUUCAGCAAGUGUACAUGUACUUCCGUGGAAGUGGAAAAUCCCAAGAGUUGAAACAACAGGCAGCACGUGGUGCCCUGAGCUCUGCGUUCUGAUGAAGAAAACCAGCAACCAGAGUUGUAGCCAGGGUAGUGAGUGGAAGGAGACAGGAUGUGUGCCGAUUGGAAAUGGUAGUCUUGCGCAUCGCUGCACCGUGCGGAUAUUGAUCGCUGAAAGCAUACAGCUAUAUCUUUUUGCUCUUCUGUUAAUACAAAUAUAAGGAGCCUUCUCGUGUGGAUACUUUAAGGUGGUGUUGUUUCCAUUCGUUGACAUGGUUUUAGAUGUGGUUGAUAGCGAGGAUUGACUAAUAUUCUGGGUGGAAUAUAUUUGCAUAUGUUUGUGCGGGAGUAAAUUAAAAUUACUUGUUCA